GAUCUGCGCUGGAGAAGGUGGUGAAUGCGUCAAACAUCGCAGUGUUCGAUGAUGAUCUGGUGUGCGGGGGCUUCCUCUUCAUGGUCUCAUGCGACGCUCAGGGCCGUGUCACCGGCAUGUUGCUUCCCGGAAUGGCUGACAUCCCAACAGACAUUGUCCAGCUCUCCCGCCUGGAAUCACUGAGCAUGGAGGGGGUUUAUGAAAUGCCCAGCCUGCCUUCCGUCCUCGGCGCUCUCACCUCCCUCACACGCCUUAACCUUAUCUCAGCUGUCAAUGGCGGCACCAUCCCUGCAUCCUUCACCCGACUUAAGAAGAUGCAGCGUUUGGUUCUCAACGACAACCACUUGGAAGGAGACAUCUCUCCCUUGCUCUCCUCACUCACUGCUCUCACAUACCUGUCCCUCAAUACCAACAAGUUCUCCUCCUCCAUUCCCGCUAAAAUCUCCAAGCUCCAGAAGCUCGCUACACUUGAUCUAUCGCGCAACCAGCUCUCUGGCCCCCUCUCCCCCGUCACAGCCCUGCCGCAGCUGACCAAAAUCAAUCUCGAGUUCAACUUGCUCAGCUCAAGCCUGCCAAGCUCUAUCUCCAAGUUCAAGAGGCUCACAGAGCUGUCUCUUACGUACAACAAGAUCAGCGGUUCAGUGCCUCGAGCCAUCUCAACCCUCUCUAGCCUCGUGGUGCUGUACCUGGGAACCAACAACAUCACGGGCACUAUCCCAUCUGCCAUCGGAUCUCUGAAGAAACUUAUUGCCUUGGACCUGUCAUACAACCCCAUAUCAGGCAGCUUGCCAGCAGCCAUGGGCUCCCUCAAGUCCCUCAGAAUGCUGCUCAUCCGAUCAGCAUACAUCAACAACACUCUGCCUCUCGCCCUUACAAAGCUCCAAGCAAUUGACACCAUCUCCUUGGCCAACAACCAGCUCUCCGGCUCCUUUCCCGGCUUCCUCGCAAACCUCUCGUCCCUCACUUUGCUUGACAUGGCUGGUAACAACAUCAGCGGGUCCCUUCCAUCAGGGAUUGGAGAUUUCACGAACCUCUACAGACUGCAACUGUCGAACAACAGCAUCACGGGCACCAUCCCAGAGGCUAUGGGCCGCCUUACCGGACUUGCCUUCCUCUAUCUCGCUGGGAAUCAGCUAUCGGGAUCGCUGCCUGCUUUCUUUUCAAACCUCACAUCUCUGAGUGACAUUGACUUGAGUCACAACAGCCUUUCUGGCCCGAUCCCUCCCUCUGCUUUCAACUGGUCCCAAUCCUUGCUAGCCCUAUCUGGGAACAACUUGGCAGGGGAGCUUCCUGCUUAUCUUGGUGACUAUGGUGCAAUGAU